AAUAGAAUAGUAAAGUGUCGUGACGCCACUUCCUGACCGGUAGUUUUGCGGGAAGUUUGGUCCUCAUUCAUGCUAACCUACAGUCAACGAUAAACAACACAGCGAAGAUGCCUCCAAAAGCCAAGGCAGCAGGGAAGGGCAGAGCUCCAGCUAAGAGGAAGUUGGCAGAGGAGUUCCCUCCUGGAGAAGUCCUGACAGACACCGGGAAGAAGGCCUGGAAACUGGGGGCUCCAAUAGGCCAGGGGGGGUUUGGUCUCAUAUAUUUGGCUGACGAGAAUUCUGCAAAAUCUGUGGGUGCUGAUGCUCGCUAUGUCAUCAAAGUGGAGCCCAGUGAAAAUGGACCACUGUUCUCUGAGCUCAAGUUUUACAUGAGAGCUGCUAAGCCAGAUCUGAUCCAAAGCUGGAUGAAGUCUAACAAGUUGAAAAAUCUGGGAGUUCCCAGGUAUUGGGGCUCGGGUCUGCAUGAGAGAGGAGGGAAAAGGUACAGGUUCAUGGUUAUUGACAGGCUUGGCACAGACCUGCAGAAGAAGUUUGAAGAAUAUGGAAGGAGGUUCCCCAGGAAACUGGUUCUGCAGCUUGGUCUUCGACUGCUGGAUAUUCUGGAGUACAUCCAUGACCACGAGUAUGUGCAUGCUGACAUUAAAGCAUCCAACCUCAUGUUGAGCCACAGUGAUCCCAACCAGAUUUUCUUAGUAGAUUAUGGGCUGGCAUAUAGGUACUCACCUGAUGGCAUCCUGAAAGAGUACAAGGAAGACCCCAAGAGAUGUCAUGAUGGCACCAUCGAGUUCACAAGCAUUGACGCCCAUAAAGGAGCAUCUCCAUCCAGGCGGAGCGACCUAGAGAUCCUGUCCUACUGCAUGGUUCAGUGGCUGUGUGGUCGGCUGCCCUGGGAGGACAAGCUACAGGACCCCAUCUAUGUCAGAGACUCCAAAAUCAAGUGUCAAGAAAACAUCUCACAGUUUAUGACCAAAUGUUUCUCACAAGACAAGCCAGAUGAAAUCCAGAAAUUCAUGGAAGAGGUUAAAUCUCUGGGAUACCAAGACAAACCACCCUACGAGAAGUUGCGCUCCAUCCUGCAGGCUGGUCUGAAGACCAUCCAGGCUAAAGAUGAUGGCAAGCUCGAGUUCACUCCCAUCAAUGGAGCUAUAUCACCUCCUGCCAAGAAAAUUACCAAGAGAAAGAAAGCAGCAGAUGAAGAGAGUGAGGCUGAUGGAAGCCCCAUAAAGAAAAAGAGAGUCGCAAAGAAAAAAGAAGUGAAUGGAGUGAAGAAGAGUCCCAAAAAGACUCCCAGACCAAGGACAGUGCCCAGCACUGCAAAACAGGGUGACCCCAAAUCCAGACUAGUGGAGAUGGGGACCCAGACCUCACCUGGACUCGCCCAGAAAUCCAGAGGCAGACCCAAGAAAACUAGCACCUAAACAUCCACCUCUGUCUGCACUCCUCCCUCAUGCUGUGCUUCUUAAAAAUUAACUUUUUUAAGUUUUGAUGGUAUGAUUUUCUAUCUGUUACACACUGAUUGUGUUUGAUCUUUGAUUGUGUUUGAUUUGGUUAAAGUCAGACUCUUUGUAAUAAAGAAGAAAUUAAACUGUUCAACUUUUGUUUUCAA